AGAGAUUUAUCUCCCUUGUUUAAUGGCGAGAUUUUCUGUGUCACUUGUGGUGGUGUUGACUAAGCUUCAGUUAUCAGAACAACUACGGACUUUGAGACUCGGUUAGUUACCCAACGAAGGUCACACAUCCGUCGCUAGCCAUGAGUGAGACAGUCUUCUAUCAGCCUGGAAUGUCCUUGGGUAGAACCUUUGAUCUCCGGACCUACGGGAACGGUUUGGACAUUUUCCCAGAAGACUUGGUUGACAAUCCCAAAAUCAUAGAAAGCCAUUACAAUACCGUCAAGUACAGAGUCAUAAAGAACAGUCAGGACAUCAACAAUAUAUUGGAGCUUUCUGGAGAAGUGGCUCUCAAGAUUAAAGCUGGUAUCUUGAACGUAGAGGGGAUGGCGUCAUAUGUAAAGGAGGAUAAAAUCAAAGACGAAUGCACAGAAAUAUUCGUGAGAGUACACGUUGAAACUCUUACAGAAACUCUAAGAGACUUAACCCCAAGACGCGCCUGGGGUGAACACCUCAUUGGCAGUCAUUUCAUACGAAGUAUAACAUAUGGUGGAGACUUACUGGUGAGGAUCCGCAUCAGGGGUUCAGACAGAGCCAAGAUUGAGGAUGUUGAGGCAAAGCUCAAGGGAAAUAUCGGUCCAUUCAAACUUCCCGAGGCUAAGCUAACACUGGAUAAAAGACACAAGGAUAUUCGAGAUGAUAUAGAAACAGAGAUUGAAUAUCUCUCGACAAGCGUGGACUGCGAGAUGCCUCGGGAUGUAGAAGAACUGAUGAGAGUUUUGAAUUCAUUUAAAUGGGAAGUGUUGAAAAUAAACAACGGCAAGGGUGUACCGUGUAAGUGUGAACUUCUUCCUUUGAGUGUCCUGGACUCAACGAUCCCAACCCAGACAAAGGAUAAAAGUCUUGACAUGCUCCUGGUACAGGUUGAUGAGAAAUUUGAUGACUUGCGCUUUGCGAAAAAGCACCUGGAGAGGUUUGUCGAGAACCCGAGUCUUGAAAUGACUGAGACACUGUCCAAAGAAUAUGAAGAGCUUGAAGGUCGUAUUGAUGAUGUUUUGGACGAGUUUCAUCAUGUCAUCAGCAGACUGGACAUGACCCUGUCUGGAGAUGGGCCAAGUCAGUUUACUCAUAUUCUGUCUGUUUAUAAGGAGAAGAAGAAGAUUGGUGGGUUUCAAAAGGAAGUGACUCUGUUUAUCAAACGACACAAGCCAGAAGAAAGCACCGUGUGUCCUCAGCUCACUGAUGAAUAUCCCAAGACAGACAUGGGUGCAUCGUCUGAAGGAUGCACAGGCUCCUUGACUGAACAAGAGACUGGACUCAGCGUAUUAGUUCUGGAGAAAGGCGGAUCGAGUGAGUCGUGUGUAUUGGGACAGGUUUUGUUUUCAGACCCCAGUCUGGAACCCAUCACUGGGGCACCUGUGUCCAGGACUGCCCGUGAGAACACUACUUUAGUGAGAGCAUCCAGCAUAUUUACCCAAUCGUCGGAAGGGCAAUGUUUGAGUGAUAUCGGCACCUCCAUUGCCUAUGCCCCUCUUGGAUUCCAUGCUGUUCUUUUUGUGAUAUACAUCGACCAAAAUAUGAACAGACAUGACCGCAAUACACUGAAACUUCUGAGAAGUGUCCUUGGAAGUGACAUGAUCAAGACUUAUGGUGCUGUUGCCCUUGUUCAUGAUGACGUUUUUGAAACAGGUUCGGAAGCGUCACUUUCUAAUUCCAUCGAGACUGCAAAAGCACAGGAUGACACUUUGGCGCAUCUCCUUGAUGAAUGUGGCAACAGAUGUGUAUUCAUUAAUCGUAAAGAUUUGAUAUCACCUUCCGAGCUGCAGGCAGCGCAGAGUGACCUCCUUCAGGUGAUCGACAAGGUCCAAGUGAAAACUCGCCACACCACUUUGAGCAACGAUUACUUCGUUCUCAGCAAGAGGUUGAUGGCUGAAGUGGAGGAAGACGACAACCUUGCAUUUGCUUUAAAUGACUCUCUGGGGAACGCUCAAGAAUUAGUGCAGCCUUCACAGGAUAGGGAAGGACGAGUGGGAGCCAAGCUGGCCGAGCUUUUUGAAAUCUGAUACGACUUUUAAUUUACAUAUACCAAUCAAACAACAGUGAUUGAUAUGAUGAGCAACGUCCCAACGCCAUCAGGAACCGAUGCCACGUCACCUAAUCCAUGACAACCUAAUCCAUUUAGUCUUUUCUCUGACCCAGAAUCCCCAGGGAAGCCAUUUGAUCUUGCACGAAACCUCGCUUACAGUCAUGCCGUGAAUACGCAAUAUGCACUUGUUAAAACAUUAUGCUGCACUGAC